AUGUUCUCUUCUCUCCCAAUCGACAUUAACGAUCAUGAGGCAUCCGCUGUCUAUUGCCAUCUCAACCAUCAUGCUACUUCAGACUGCGAGAAUGGCUGGUCAAAUUUAACUAAGGAGGGACAGACGCUACCUAGCAGCCGUUUCAAAAACAAUGAUAACGCUAGUGCAGAACAAAAGAGAACAUGCACAAAACGGCACUCGGGCGCACUAACGCAAAAAGAGCGCCAACGACGAUUGCAACAACGUUUAAGGCAACGCCUUUAUGAAGCGAGGCGCAGUCUGAACCUAAGCGGUAAAAUUUCUGCUCGUGAGUACUAUUCACGUUGCCCCUGUGUCUGUCUUUCUCAACCUUCUGGAUCCCGCGAGUAUAUUGCCAUGGUCGGUGACGGAAUUAAUGAUAGCCCUGCGCUGGCACAAGCCGAUGUCGGUAUUGCAAUCGGAUGUGGCGCAGAUGUCGCUGUCGAAGCAGCCGACGUAGUCCUAGUUCGCAAUUCCCUUGUUGAUCUUGUUGCGGCAAUCGACUUGUCGCGAGCUACAGUCAAACGAAUCCGGUGUAACUUUGUUGCCGCAACAAUGUACAACAUGCUAGGUAUUCCAAUUGCUGCAGGUUGCUUUCUUCCGCUUGGUAUUGACUUAUCACCCUGGAUGGCUUCGGCUGCGAUGGCUGCCUCCUCAGUCUCAGUGCUUUGCCUUUCGCUGCUUCUGCGCCUCUGGAGGAAGCCAAAGUCUCAUCAACUAGUCACACCCGAGUAUCUUAGCUUGCUUGAAUCCGAGGGUUUGGACCCUAAUACGGUAAAGAGUCACCCUUAA